CUUUGAUUAAUCUUUUUCUCUUUUUCUAUGUCUCAUGCUUAUACGUGCUUAAAAAUGUAUUGAGCCAAUUGUUUUCAGGUAUAAUGGUUGCCCAUUCAGUGUCAGCCGUCAGCAGUGGUACAACGGUCAACCCAGUGUCCGCUGUCAGCAAUGGUACAGCGGUCACACCAAUGUCAACUGGCAGCAAUGUUACAUCCACUCCACUCAGUGGCCCUUGUUACAACUACACUCUGUUGAAUUACACCUGGGAGUCAGUUCACUACAACGGUGACCGUGAAGAUACGUCAUAUGCCAUCACAUGCAGCAACACUUCUGACCACCAGAGGGCAGGCUUGGUACCGGCUCGGCCAACGGGAGGAAAGCGUCCUGAUGCUCAACCAGAGUGAGAACGUGUCGGAGGAAAAUUGUACUUCUUACGCACCCAUCUGGCUUAACGGUUCUCACCUGAGCCCAGAAGAUGACAACGUCACCAUGUACGUGCACAGACCCCGGGAGCGCAAAUGCUGCGACGUCCAACCACCGUCCGUACAGGUUCAAGCGUUGUCCUGGAAACUACCUGGUGUACGACCUUCGGCAUCACCUGUGUUGUUAUGCAGCAUGCUGCGCAAAACUGACGAAGAAGAAGAACAUUUCGGAAUUGAGCGAAGGUAUAAUGGUUGCCCAUUCAGUGUCAGCCGUCAGCAAUGGUACAAUGGUCACCCCAGUGUCCGCUGUCAGCAAUGGUACAGCGGUCACACCAAUGUCAACUGACAGCAAUGGUACAGCGGUCACACCAAUGUCAACUGGCAGCAAUGUUACGUCCGCCCCACUCAGUGGCCCUUGUUACAACUACACUCUGUUGAAUUACACCUGGGAGUCAGUUUACUACAACGGUGACCGUGAAGAUAAUUCAUAUGCCAUCACAUGCAGCAAACAUUCUGACCACCAGAGGGCAGGCUGGUACCGGCUCGGCCAACGGGAGGAAAGCGUCCUGAUGCUCAACCAGAGUGAGAACGUGUCGGAGGAAAAUUGUACUUCUUACGCCCCCAUCUGGCUUAACGGUUCUCACCUGAGCCCAGAAGAUGACAACGUCACCAUGUACUUGCACAGACCCCGGGAGCGCAAAUGCUGCGACGUCCAACCACCGUCCGUACAGGUUCAAGCGUGUCCUGGAAACUACCUGGUGUACGACCUUCGGCAUCACCUGUGUUGUUAUGCAGCAUGCUGCGCAAAACUGACGAAGAAGAACAUUUCGGAAUUGAGUGAAGGUUCAGGUGUUGGGGUCCAAAUGAAUGUCACUGCAGCUUUAAGAGAAGAAGCAUCCACGUCACAGGAAGGAGCAGGCCAGCAGAAUGCCCCAGGAGGUGAUGGUGAUGGAGUCAAAAUGGGCGUUACUGCUCAAUCUACAACUUUGAGUGGAGGAGAACCCAUGUCACAGCAAGGAGCAGGUACAGCGGUCACACCAAUGUCAACUGGCAGCAAUGUUACAUCCACUCCACUCAGUGGCCCUUGUUACAACUACACUCUGUUGAAUUACACCUGGGAGUCAGUUUACUACAACGGUGACCGUGAAGAUACGUCAUAUGCCAUCACAUGCAGCAAACAUUCUGACCACCAGAGGGCAGGCUGGUACCGGCUCGGCCAACGGGAGGAAAGCGUCCUGAUGCUCAACCAGAGUGAGAACGUGUCGGAGGAAAAUUGUACUUCUUACGCCCCCAUCUGGCUUAACGGUUCUCACCUGAGCCCAGAAGAUGACAACGUCACCAUGUACUUGCACAGACCCCGGGAGCGCAAAUGCUGCGACGUCCAACCACCGUCCGUACAGGUUCAAGCGUGUCCUGGAAACUACCUGGUGUACGACCUUCGGCAUCACCUGUGUUGUUAUGCAGCAUGCUGCGCAAAACUGACGAAGAAGAACAUUUCGGAAUUGAGUGAAGGUUCAGGUGUUGGGGUCCAAAUGAAUGUCACUGCAGCUUUAAGAGAAGAAGCAUCCACGUCACAGGAAGGAGCAGGCCAGCAGAAUGCCCCAGGAGGUGAUGGUGAUGGGGUCAAAAUGGGCGUUACUGCUCAAUCUACAACUUUGAGUGGAGGAGCACCCAUGUCACAGCAAGGAGCAGGUUCAGGUGUUGGGGUCCAAAUGAAUGUCACUGCAGCUUUAAGAGAAGAAGCAUCCACGUCACAGGAAGGAGCAGGCCAGCAGAAUGCCCCAGGAGGUGAUGGUGAUGGGGUCAAAAUGGGCGUUACUGCUCAAUCUACAACUUUGAGGGGAGGAGCACCCAUGUCACACCAAGGAGCAGGUUCAGGUGUUGGGGUCCAAAUGAAUGUCACUGCAGCUUUAAGAGAAGAAGCAUCCACGUCACAGGAAGGAGCAGGCCAGCAGAAUGCCCCAGGAGGUGAUGGUGAUGGGGUCAAAAUGGGCGUUACUGCUCAAUCUACAACUUUGAGGGGAGGAGCACCCAUGUCACACCAAGGAACAGGUUCAGGUGUUGGGGUCCAAAUGAAUGUCACUGCAGCUUUAAGAGAAGAAGCAUCCACGUCACAGGAAGGAGCAGGCCAGCAGAAUGCCCCAGGAGGUGAUGGUGAUGGGGUCAAAAUGGGCGUUACUGCUCAAUCUACAACUUUGAGGGGAGGAGCACCCAUGUCACAGCAAGGAGCUGAUUCAUUACAACUUCAGUGUCAAGAUUGUGAUGUGUACAACAUAAAUAAAAUGCUCCAAGAUCUAAAAGACGAUGUCAUUCUGUCAAGUGAAGAUGUGCCCUCUGUGCUAAAAAACCUUGACGACGCCCUGGCAGCAUCCGCGCCUAGCACAGAUUCGGUGGGCCAGGGAGAAGCCACAGUUGCAGUGGUAGACAGGCUAUCAUAUCUCCUGGUUGUACCCACUUCUACCGAGCAGGCCAAGAUCGUCAGUAGCAAUAUAGCAGUUGUUUUUCAACUAGAGUUACAAACGUACAGCAUCGGAAGAGAAACUACUGUGAGAGGAAUCUCACAUAUUGGAAAUGCGAACAUCCUCAUGUGUAUACACAUUCUUGGAAUAGCGAAGAACAACGAUGGAGCUGCUCAUGUGACGUUUUCAACCUAUAAGUAUAUGGAGCGCUAUCUGCAGCCAAAACAUUUCCACACUGAGAAUGACACCAUCAAGAUUAUGAUGUCCCCUGUAUUCUCUGCUUCCCUUCCCAAGACUGCAAACAAAAUCCUCACCCAGCCAGUCAACUUCACCCUUCGGCACCUCAAGACUCUGGACCCCAAAGGAGUACUCUCCUGUGUGACCUGGAAUGGCAGCGCCUGGGUGGUAGACGGCUGUGAUGUCACCCAGACCAACACCACCCACACCGUCUGCACCUGUGUGCACUUCUCCACCUUCGCUCUGAUCAUGCAGGUGGAGCGACCUCCAGAGACAGACAAGUGGAUGAAGUUGCUGAACCGGAUUGCUGUGUCCAUUGGUCUGGUGUUCCUGGCACUGGCUGUGAUGGCCUUUUGCUUCUGUCGAUGGAAGGUCAACGUGAACAACACGGCUCGCCUGAACCUCUGCAUCAGUCUGUUUCUUGCUCAGCUCCUCUUCCUGCUCGUCCAGGAGUUCAUCCACCUCAUCCGCCCUCACAAGAUCGUGUGCGUGGUCCUUUCAGGAAUCCUGCAUUACCUGUUCCUGAGUAGCUUUGUGUGGAUGUCCAUAGAGGCUGUGCUGCUUCUGUUAGCAGUACUCAGCCUCAGAUAUGUUCAGAAGAAAGUGGGACUUCUUUGGGGCUACCUCUGUCUGAUUGGCUAUGGAGUCCCAUUGGCUGGGAUAGCUGUGUCUGCAGGCAUCAUGCCUGAUGGCUAUGGAAGUGACAGAUGCUGGAUUAAGCUUGAAAAGGGCUUUGUGUGGAGCUUCUUGGGGCCUGUGUCUGUCAUCCUUGGGGUCAACAUACUGAUCUUCAUUAUCAUUUGCAUUGUCGUACGCAAUGUCACACUGUCAACCAUGAAUGGCACGACCUCUCAGAUUAAAGCUAUCAAAGUGGUGGUACUGAAAACUGUGGCCCAGCUCUUCAUCAUCGGAGGCCCCUGGGUGCUAGGAUUCUUUGUUCAAGGCAACAAGGUCCUGGAAUUGAUCUUUCAUGUGGUGAACUCCCAGCAGGGAACCGUCAUCUUUCUGAUCCACUGUGUCCUCAAUCAGGAGGUGAGAGAACAGUUCUCGAAGGCCUGCAAAGGAUGUUUUGUAUCUCCAUUUUCAUUCCUCUAUUUGUUUACCCAUAACGUUUUCAAGCACUAUUAUUUCCAACGUGUACAAGAUCGCCACCUUUUCCCUCCCACGGAAUGUCAGUCAACAACACGUCAAAAAAGUCUCUAGAGUCAACCUUUGUAGUGGUUCUCUAGUCCACACCUAAUUUGUUACAUACUGUCAACUGUGCUUAUUAGUGCUAUACCUUGGGAUGAAGCUCUGUUUUAUUUCAAUGAGACAGACAUAAGCUAUGGCAAAAGGCCAGUAUGUUCUGAGACAUUGAUGUCUAAAAAAUUUUAAAGAGAUAUAAAAAAAAAAAGCUGAUGGUGGGAAUACGUCAAUAGAAUGUGUUACUUUGGUUAGGGAUGGUGGGGGUACGCGAGCCGAGUCAGGACGUAGAAGGUGGUACGUGGGGAAAAAAAGUUUGUGAACCGCUGCUGUACGACAUACUAUAUACACUCAAGAUGACAGAUAUGAAUUCACGUUGUUCUAUUAUACAACAGUUAGUCCGGUGGAGCUAUUUAUUCAUUUUUUGAUUGGACUACAGGCAUUCUAUGAGUCAUCACUAGUGGCGAUGUCAUUUGACAUGAGUGACAAUGUUCUUCGGCCUCACUGUACCUACGGCCGGAUUACAGCCAUGGCGAUAUCCUUUACCAUCCCCACUCCCACUCAAAGUUUGUUGUUUGAUUGGGCUUACUUUGUUCUUUUAUUACUUUAUUACAGGAUGUGUAACUAUCUGAGUUUUACUUUACAUUAAGUUUAAGUGAUAUUGGUCACAUUUACCUUCAUGGUUUACUGGUUAAGAAAUUCUUAAUUCACCCACUAUUUAUAUAUAUUAUUCUCGUAUGCCAUGCCACUACUCUGCAAUAGUUGAUAAACUACUUUGUAAUUGUUCAAGGUCAAAAUCUUAAUUUUAUGGAGUCAGAUUAAUUGUGGUUUCUGAUACGAUUACCAUUGCUUCACCAGUCUCUGCUAUUGUUCAAUACACAUCUAAACCUUUUUACGGGCCACGCAAUUCUCAUCCUGAGUGCGUUGUGCUGUUCCUUACAUACUGUAGAUGUGUUAUAGGUGUCAAUGCCUUAAAGAUGUCUGAGUGUCUUGUAUUUGCUCCUUAAAGUACAACUCUGGCAAAGUAAAAAAAAAAUAAAUAAAUAAAAAAAAAAAGAUGAUUAAUUGGUGUGUACCGAUUUGCCUCAUCUUGGUCUUGAAUGAAACUUAAGACUCAUUACCAUCCAAAAAUAGACCCUCGGUUGAAAAAGGAUGGAUUCUCCUUUAAUGAUGUGAAGACACAAUUACCUAUAGGGCAGAUUAAUUCAGUGUACUCUACAUGGCAUACUCAUAUAUUGUUCUUAUACUCAAUAUCACUGUAUAUCACUACUUACCAUAUGCUCAAUAUAUAAUUCUUAAUUACCAUGUAUCUUGUGUACUCCUUCUACUCAUGGUGUAAUAUCAUGGUGUACUGUCAGAUGGUAAACGGUAGCAUAACCACACUUUAGCACUUUGAGACAGUCUGCUAUACCUUGAGAUUUUUAGGUUUUUCAUCUAACUAAAAACACCACUGCAAAAGUGGCACAUAUCGUUAUAUUCUAGAGGUCCUUUACAAUAAUUAUAUGAGAGUAAAGUGGAUGUAAUGACAUUAGUUUUUAUUAUAAUUCAGUGUAAACACAACUUUUUAAACGGUAGCUUAGCGUCAUGCUCAUGUAUCAGCACUGUACUAUUUACAUUUAGUGCAGUAGGUCUGGGAUAACGCUGCAACGUUAACAUUCUGUGUGUAACCAUGUAACAUCUUUUUUGCCUUGUUACCAUUAAA